AUGAGGAGAGUCAGAGAGUUUUCCGGUGAUAGAGCAAAGUCUAGAUCAAUGGUGGAUUGGCGAUCGAGCAAAGUCUGUUUUUGGAUCCUUGUUGAGAUCCAUGAUAAAGCAAAGGUCGCUUUGAUUUUGGCUGGUUCUUGGAAAAGAAAUAGAUUUUCUAUUAGAAUCUCCAUGGAUGAAACUUUCUUGGAGGAUCGGAAGUCUGGUAAUGUUAUCGGUUAUGUUAACCUGAACGAUGACUAUACUUGUUCCGGUGAGAGGAUUUUGGGAAUUAGGGAGGGGACAGAGACCUUGGUAAUGGAAGAUGCACUAAAUGAAGGUAAAUCUUGCACACUCUGUUUUCGAUUAGUGUUUGGAUUGGCGGUGGAUGAAAUGGAUCUGGAAAUUCAAUUGGAAGAUGGUGAUGAGGUUAGCUUUGCUCUGACCAAAUAUAUGGUUCCUGGAAAGAUCUUAGUGAAUCGGAUCUUGAAUCGCCGUGGUGUUGUAAGUGUGUUGCGUGGAAUCUGGCCAUUAGAAAUAGCUCCUUGUAUUCGUGAAGUAGGCGAUAACUUGUAUGGCAUUUCCUUCAAAACAAAAAAGGAAAGAGAUCGAGCUCUGGAGGAAGGUCCUUGGUUCAUCAAGGGAUCAUGCAUGAUGAUGAAGAAAUGGCAGCCAGGGUGUAAUGUUGCAGAAAUGGAUUUUCAAACAGUUUCCUUCUGGAUCCAGGUACACAAUCUACCUAUUGAGAUGUUAACUAGAUCAAAUGCUAAUAUUAUUGGAUCUAGGAUGGGUAGAGUUAUUAAAAUUGAAGAUCCGGUUACUAGUGGAGGAUUAGGACGGAGUUUUUUGAGAAUUCGAAUUGAAAUUGAUGCACAUAAUGCUCUAGUUGAUGGUUUCUGGGUACCGAGGAAGAACAUGGAGAAAGUUUGGGCUGAAGUUAAAUAUGAAAGAUUAGCUGAUUUUUGCUAUUGCUGUGGAAAAUUGGGGCAUGUUUUGAAACAAUGUCCUGAGAAUGAUGGGGAAGAUAAUGGUGAAGAGAAGCGGUAUAGAUAUGGCCCUCAUAUGCGAGCUAUUCCAGCUCAUAGUGUUAGUUGGAUGUCUGCUAUAGGGAAAGAAAAUAGAAGAGUAGAUCCUGUUAAUUCAGAAAGAAUUCAUUCUGUUCAUGAUGAUUCUAGAAGAUGGGAGCGUAAUAACUUUGGUGAUACUAGUAGGGGUGGUAUUCUUAUGGAGGGAGGACAAAACAGUAUGAUUGAUAAGGGGAAGAAGACUACCUGGGGCAGUAAUUUCAUGUCAUUGCAGUUAAGGGCUAGUGGUAGUGCUGGUUUUGAUAGAAUGGAUAGUAACUGGAGGUUUUCUAGUAGGAGUCAUGAGAAGGAUGCAGACUCUCUGAAUGUUAUCCAUGGAAGCCAGUUACAUAUUUCUGAUAUUCCUGUUUCUACUAUGAAUAUGACUGAGCCUGCAGUUCCAUUACAUGGUCAAGCAGUUGUUAAUUUUGAUGACUCAACACACAAUUCUAAUGAUAGGGAUCCUGGGCUUGAAUUGGAUUACCCUCCUGGUGUUGUUCGUGUUCAGCAUGGUAGUGAUAAUGAGACAGAACCUCCUGUUACACCUGACCUUGAUCAAUUUUCUGAUUCUUUUAUCCCAAAUACAUACUCUGAAACUUAUACUUUUACUACCCCUGUGGAAAACCAUAAUAUUAUUCGCAAAGAGAAUUUAGAUGUCAUUGCUACUGGAAACCUUGAAACUCAACCUUCUGAUAUUCAGGAAACAUUGUUCCCAAAUACUAGUCUUACACAAUCUGGAAAUCCUAUACCAGUAAAAAUCUCUACCCUACCAGAAAACACUUCUGCUCGAAUCUUUAUCUUUGAUAAAAGCUUAAACACCUAUAUUCUAGUUACAACACCCUUAAAUAAUAUUGUUGAUAAUAUUGGGGAGGAAGAGAGUAUGGAUAGGAUUGUGCAGUACAGAAGAGAGUUCUUACAGCAUGAUCAUAACACUAAAGAGAUUCUCAGCUCUGGAAUAAGGGAUCUAAGGUUGAAGAGGGGAAUAGAAGAAGUUGAUACUGAGAUUGGAAUGAUGAAAAGGAGGAAGAUUGAAAGUGGGAUUGUUAUUAGAGAAACAGUGAAUAUUAAUGAAGAUAGUCAGGUUCCUACAGGAAGGAAAUCUGCUUCUGGUCAAAAGGGAAAGAAGAAGGAGCUUAAACAGAUUAUCCACAAAUAUGAUCCAGAUGUGGUUUUUCUUAUGGAAACUCGGAAUGGUAGGGAGAUGGUGGAAAAAAUUAGAAAGAAAAUGGGUUAUCCUAAUGUUAUAUAUGUUGAUCCUGUAGGGUUGAGUGGUGGCUUGAGUCUUUGGUGGAAAAAAGAAUAUGUGGUUAGUAGCAUUGAGGAAUCUAAAAAUGUGAUUGAUACUGUUUUUGAGUUGGAAGAUGGUGGUGACAAGCAUAGAAUCAUGCGGAUUUAUGGUGCACCUGUUUACUCGGAUAGGAAAUUGGUUUGGGAGAAAAUUAAUAGGAAAACUUUGAGUAUUGAGGAAAAAUGGAUGUGUAUUGGUGACUGGAAUGAUUUGGAAGAUGUUGAAAAGGAAGGAGGUAGACCUAAGGAAAGAAGAGUUUUGCAGAAUUUUAGAACUGUGGUUGAGUUUUGCCAGUUACUUGAAGUUCCUUCUCAAGGGCAACAGUUUACUUGGUCAGGAAUUAGAGAUGGAGAGAUAAUUAAAGAAAAAUUGGAUAGAUGCUUGGUGAAUCUAGAUUGGUUGGAACAGUACCCUAGAACUCAGGUGUGGAAUUUGCCAGCUAUUGGAUCAGACCAUUCUCCCUUGGUGAUUAAUACUGUUGUUGGUGAUAAAAAGGGUGCCAAAUUGUUUAAAUUUGAAGCUAUAUGGUUAGAGAAAGAGGAUUGCAAGCGAAUCAUUGGUGAAGGAUGGAAUAAAGAAGUUGAUGGAUCUAGAGCUUAUAAGGUUGUUUGUAAAUUGAAGAGAUGUAGAGAAUUGUUGAAAGAAUGGUGUAGAGAGAAUAAUAAGGACAGAAAAAUGAAAGAGAAUCUUCGAGCUGCAAUUGCUGAUAUUCAGGAUGUGGGUAAAGAUAUUGAGGACAGAGAAUGCAUUGAGGAUAUGACAGAGCAACUUCACAAAAUUAUGGAACAAGAGGAGGUUUAUUGGCACCAAAGGGCUAGGGUUAACUGGCUUAAAUGUGGGGACAAGAAUACUCACUUUUUUCAUCAAACUACUCUACAAAGGAGGCAAAAGAAUAAAGUUUUGAGAUUAAAAAGUGGUGAUCAGUGGUUGGAAGCUAAGGAAGAUAUUAUGGAGGAAUUCACAAAAUAUUAUGAAAAUAUUUUUAGUACCUCUGGAUCUAGAUAUUGGGAUUCUGUUUUGAACCAUGUUCCAGUGUUGAUCAAUGAUGAGAUGAAUGAUUUCCUGACCAGAAGAGUGACUAUGGAAGUGGUGAACGUGGCUACUUUUCAAAUGGGAGAGCUUAAAAGCCCUGGACUGGAUGGUUUUAAUGGUUUGUUAUUUCAACAGAAUUGGGAGGUUGUUAAAGAUGAUAUAUAUGCUAUGGUUCAAAGUUUCUUUGACAGUGGAAGGAUGUUGAGGGAGCUUAACAAUACUGAUCUCGUAAUGAUUCCAAAGAUUAAAGGUCCUGAAAGUGUUACUCAAUUCAGACCUAUCAGUCUUUGUAAUUAUGCCUACAAAAUAAUUUCAAAAGUUAUGGUGAAUAAGCUGAAAGGCUUCAUGGGAGAUCUGGUGACUGAAAAUCAGAGUGCCUUUGUGCAUGGAAGGCAAAUCCAUGAUAAUGUACUUAUUGCACAGGAAGUAUUCCAUUAUUUGAAAAUAAAGAAAAAAGGAAAGCAGAGUGAUGUGGCUGUUAAAAUAGACAUGAGUAAAGCAUAUGACAGGGUGGAAUGGGGCUUCCUUAAAGUUAUCCUUAUGAAGAUGGGUAUGAAUCCUCACUGGUGCAAUAUGAUUUCAGAGUGUGUAAGUACUGUUUCCUAUACUAUAGUUAUAAAUGGUAAGACUAGUAGAGGAAUUUUCCCUUCUAGAGGUCUUAGGCAAGGGGAUCCUCUAUCCCCUUAUCUUUUUCUCUUAGUAAUUGAUUCCCUGUCUAGGAUGAUCCAAGCAGGUAAUGAUUCUAAGCAUAUUGCUGGCAUCAAGGUGUCUAGGAGUUGCCCUGAGUUGUCCCACCUGUUGUUUACUGAUGAUUCUUUAUUUUUCUUACAAGCUAACUCUGAGAAUUGUUCUAGAUUUCUUCAUAUUUUACAGGAGUUUGCUGAUGCUACUGGACAAAUAAUUAAUUUGGAGAAAUCCAGCUUAAUCUUUAGUGCUAAUGCUCCUGUUGAUUUAAGAGCUGAAAUUUCUCAGAGAUUACAAAUUCAAGAAGCAGCUAAUCCUGGAAUUUAUCUCGGAUUUCAAUCUACAUGGGGUAAAACGAAAUGUGGAGCCCUUCAUUAUAUUACAGAAAGAGUUCAAGCAAAACUUAAUGUCUGGAAACAGAAGUUAUUAUCGUUGGCAGGGAAAGAGUGGACUUCUAUGGAGACUCAGCAAGCUAUUGAGAAAAUUCCUUUGGGAGUUUUUGAUCGAGCAGACAGAAGGACUUGGCCUUACACAAAGAAUGGAAGAUAUACUGUUAGAUCGGGAUACUAUGCAAUUAGAACUUCCCACUGUGAAUUUGUGUAUAAACAGAAGGAAAUUGAUCUUGGAGGGGUGGUUUAUAGAAUACAGAGUGCUGUCAGAGAGUUUGUAAGUUUGAGAUCAAAGAAUCAGCUGGAUGAAGUGGAACUAAGUAGACUUGAAGAACAACAAUUAUGGACUAAGUCUCCUCCUGGCUGGAUAAAAAUUAACAGUGAUGGUUCUUUUUGCAAAAAAUAUUUGGCUGAAGGUUUUGGCAUAGUUAUAAGAGAUGAAGAAGGUAAUGUGCUUGAUGCUUUUUCUUCUUCAGUAAAGGCAGUAGAUGCAUUAUCAACUGAAGCUCUUGCACUCAGGGAAUCUGAAAGGCAUGACGAGCAUAGGUUAUGGGAAGAUGAUAAUUCAAUUAAUUUGGGCUUGGACUCACCCAAUGUAAGUGGGCCUGUGGAAUGUGUUAUUAGACCUCUUAUCUGUAUUGGGCCAGAGGGAAUGCAUAACUAUGGGCUAGAUGUUCAGCCUUUAGUAGUGGUGAAAAAGAAGAAAAAAUUGCUAAAUCGUAUUCCUGAGGAUGGCAAAGCCACCGUUCCUACAAUAUUUGGCUAUUCAAUAUCAGAUAGUAAUAUUGAAAAUAGGAACAGAGUCUUGAUGGAAGAAGAAGAAGCUAUUUGGGAAAUUAGCUCGACUUUGCAUGUGGUGUAUAACAAGGAUAAGCAAGAAGUGGUACGUGCUCUCAUUGAGCAAGAGAAGGGUAGUAAGAUCGUUGGUAAGGAGGUUUUGGAGAUGGUUUUUAUUCAAGAAAGUAAAUUAAGUCGUGAUAGUAAGACGUUGAUAAAACUUGUGUGGGGAAAAGGUGGGUGUAGUGGUGAUAUGAAUUCUGAAGGUGCCUCAAGUGGUUUGGUGACAGUUUGGAAAGAUGAUUUCUUUGAGAAAGAGUUUGCUAUUAUGAGAAGUAGAUUCAUUGUUGUUGUGGGUGUCCUUAAGUCAAAUGGAGUUCGGGUCGGUUUUGGGAAUUUUUAUGCUCCCAAUGAUGAUGCUGAGAGAGUAUUGUUCUUUCAUGAGGUGAAACAAGUUAUUGGUGGGUAUAAUAUCCCAUGGGUCUUAGGUGGUUAUUUUAAUGUUGUUAGAUGUCCUGACGAAAAAAUUGGGGUUGUGUAUAAUCAAGGGGCUAUGCGGUGUUCUGUGGAGUUUGCAGAAGACCUUGCAUUGAUUGAUCUUCCAUUAAUGGGUGGACGAAUACAUGAUGAGAAUUUGAGAUCUAAGUUGACAGAACUUAAGGUCAAGUUAUGGAAUCUGUAUAGAGCGGAGGAACAAGCUUGGUGUCAAAAAUUGAGAUUCAAAUGGUUGCAAGAAGGCGAUAGAAAUACUCGAUUCUAUCAUCUUGUUGCUUCCGUUCGAAAUAGAGUCAAUUGUAUUAAGAGCUUGGAGUUUGAUUGUAGAACUAUUGAAGAUCCUUUGGAGUUAAAGGAUUACAUUGCUGAUGAUUUUGAAAAGCACUUCAACCAGAAUCUUGCCAUUGGUAUUGAGGAUUUCGGGGGUGAUUUUUCGAUGCUAUCUCAUCAGAAUUUUGAAUGGUUACAACGACCGUUUGAUGAGGAAGAAAUUCUUGAUGCUAUCCACAGCUGCGAUGGUAGUAAAGCUCCAGGGUCCGAUGGUUUUAAUUUGAAUUUAUUUAAGAAGUAUUGGGGAGUUGUCAAGAAGGAUAUUCUUGCUAAGGUUCUUGCUAGAAGACUAAGUUCAGUGAUGAAGGAAAUUAUUGGCCCGAGCCAAUUUGCUUUUAUCAGAGGAAGGCAGAUCCUUAAUGGAUUUCUCAUAGCUAAUGAGACUAUUGAUGUAAUGAAGAAGGAUGGAGUUGGUGGUGUCUGUUUUAAGGUGGAUUUUGAAAAAGCUUAUGAUAGCAUUAACUGGGAUUUUUUAAGAUUUGCAAUGAGGAAGGUUGGUUUUAGGCAGACUUGGAUUAAUUGGAUUGUGUCUUGCAUAACAACGACGUCCAUCUCUAUUCUUGUCAAUGGCUCUCCCUCGAGACAAUUUGGCAUGAUGAGAGGUUUAAGGCAAAGGUGUCCUCUUUCUCUUCUUCUCUUUAAUAUCGCUAGAGAGAUGUUUGCUAUGAUGGUGAGGAAUGCCGUGGAAAAGAGACUUAUUGAAGGAGUAAAAGUGGGAAAUAAUGGUUUUGAAGUGAAUCUUUUGCAAUAUGCUUAUGAUUCGAUUCUUUUUAGCAAACCCGAGACUGAAAAGAAGUUUUGCAUUGUUCGAUUGAAUCUCUUCCUUGUAAUUUUGGGAUUACCGUUGGGAGCGAACCCUUGUUCGAAGAAGAUAUGGAAGCUGAUGGUUGAUAGAUUUCAAAGUAGAUUAUCAAGAUGGAACGGCUCUCAUCUUUCAAUGGCUGGUAGGGUGGCUUUGAUCAAAUUAGUUUUGUCGAGUAUGCCUUCUUAUUACAUGUCAUUGUUCCCUAUUCUGCAAAGAGUGAAGGAGAGUUUGGAUGAAACCCAAAGAAAAUUCCUUUGGAAUGGUGCGAUGGAUAGCAGGAAGAUGCAUUUGGUUGAUUGGAAUACUAUUUGCAAUCCUAAGGAGAUGGGAGGUUUAGGAAUUGUGGAUUUGAAGCUGAAAAAUAGGGCUCUACUUAAUAAAUGGUUAUGGAGAUUCAGUGAUGAAGAUAAAAUUUUAUGGAGAAAAGUCAUUAUUGAGAAAUACAGUAUUUGCGAGAACUCUCUACUUCCUGUCGGAAUAAAUAGGAGAAGGUGUUCCAGACUUUGGUGGAGGAUUGUUGAACCUAUUUAUUUGGAUAGAGAUGAGCCUAAUUUGACUACCGAAGGGAUGAGGAUAGAGGUGGGUAAUGGUGCUUUGAUUAAUUUUUGGAACAAUGCUUUGAUUAAUUUCUGGAACGAUGCUUUGAUUAAUGGGAUGAUUUUGAAAGAUAAUUUCCCUAGGAUUUUUGUUCUUACUGUAAAUAAGAAUGCGAAAAUUGGUGAGUUUGGAGUUUGGAUUGAGGAUAAAUGGGAGUGGAAAAUUCAUCUUCGACGUUGUCUCUUUGAUUGGGAGAAUUUUCAGUGGGUUGGUCUCAUUGCUUUACUUGAUAAUGUCACAUUAUCUCACGAGUUUAAGGAUAAACUUAUUUGGAAGCAUUCCUCUUCAGGUUUGUAUUCUGUUAAGGAAUUUUAUAAAUUUGUUUGUUAUCAAAAUAAUUCUCCUGAUCCCAUUUGGAGGAAGAUUUGGCUCGAGCUUGCUCCGCCGAAGGUCGAGAUGCUUCUUUGGCAGUCCAUUCGGGGUAGAAUUGCGGUGAAAAGCUUGUUAUAUGCGAGAGGCUUACUCUCAAUGGAAAAUAUCGGAUGCCAUGUCUGCAAUGAGGAGCUUGAGACGGUGGAUCAUAUUUUUCUAAAAUGUAAAAGAUCCUGGCUUGUUUGGCAAUAUUAUUGUGCUAAAUGGAAGGUGAGUUGGGUUAUGCCAAUGGAGGUUAGUAGUGCAUUUCAGAUUUGGAUUGAUAUUUACGAAAAUUCUGUAUGGAGAAUGACAUUUUAUGCUAUAUUGUGGACUCUUUGGACUGUGAGAAAUGAUGCUAUUUUUAAUGGUUCUUCUAUGGAGGUGUCUCAAAUCCAGGCUAUUGUUGAUUGUAGAAUUGCUUUUUGGUGUAAGGCUAAAUGGCCAAAUAGUGCAGUGACUAUUGAUGAUUAUUUAAGGGGUCUUGAAUGCGUUCAAGUUCCUGAUAUUGGCGUUAAGAGGAGGCUUCAUUUGGACUGGUUAUCUCCGGUUGAAGGCCAACUUAAAAUUAAUGUUGAUGGUGCUGCUCGGGGACAACCUGGUGAAGCUAGAAUUGGGGGAGUGUUGAGGGAUGAGUCUAGCAGUAUAAAGAUGAUUUUUUCCAAGCCAAUUGGUCUGGCGGGUUCCAAUUUGGCUGAAGUCUUGGAUAUUAAGGAGGCGUUCCUAAUCUUUGUUGCUUCCAGAUGGGCUAAAGACAAAGUACUGGUAGUCGAGAGUGACUCGAUUAAUGCGGAGAAUGAUCCUAGUACAGUGUCUUGGAGGUUUCGGCAAAUCAUUUUUCAGAUUGAAGGCUUCAAGAAGAUUAUUUCUAAAUGGGAAGUGAAUCAUGUCUUAAGGGAAGCUAAUGGCAUUGCGGAUGGACUUGCUAACUCGAGUAUUGAUAGGGCUCUGAUAUUUUGUCUAGCUUUGAGUAAGAGCUGGCUGUUGGUGUGGUGUUGUUGUGUUUUGUUGUGUAUUCUGUUGGGUUCAUGUGAUGUUUAG